AUUUUUAUAAACUGUAUUUAUGUCUGAUUUAUAAUUCAUUGCUAACAUUCUUAUGUGGCUAAUGUCAACAUCCAUUUGUGUUUUGUGAGGGGGACUAUAUUCUUUCGCGAACGUAUCAACGUCGCUGGAGCAAGUGGUACGGUGGUCAGGGCCAUCUUUGGUUCUUCUCGCCGGGCGGACCGACCUCAGUCAGUGAUCAAUUGAGAUACUUAUCAAAUUAAUCCAGCGAUAGCUGUUCGCAAUAACGUCGUUUUAUUUCACCGAGACAACAGAUUGUUUAAAGACUCCGCAUUUAUAUUUUGCUGCAUCCACGCCGUUUUGGAGAUUUUUUUGCAGAGGAAAUUUGACUGAAGACGGGAGAUCCACUGUAAUACAACAUGGAUGAGGAAUAUGAUGUUAUCGUAUUGGGCACUGGACUCACAGAAUGCAUACUUUCUGGGAUCAUGUCCGUGAACGGGAAGAAAGUUCUGCAUAUGGACAGAAAUCCUUAUUAUGGAGGUGAAAGUUCCUCCAUCACACCGUUGGAGGAGCUCUAUAAAAGAUUUGGGAUUUCAGACAGCCCACCAGAGUCAAUGGGACGGGGCAGAGACUGGAAUGUUGACCUUAUUCCUAAAUUCCUAAUGGCCAAUGGCCAAUUAGUGAAGAUGCUUCUAUACACUGAAGUGACGAGAUAUCUAGACUUCAAAGUGGUUGAGGGAAGCUUUGUGUACAAAGGCGGGAAAAUCUACAAAGUGCCCUCAACUGAGACAGAGGCUUUAGCAUCAAAUCUAAUGGGAAUGUUUGAGAAAAGACGUUUCCGGAAGUUCCUAGUUUUCGUAGCCAACUUUGACGAGAAUGACCCCAAGACGUUCGAGGGUGUUGAUCCCAAACAAACAACGAUGGGAGAAGUGUACAAGAAGUUUGACCUGGGACAGGAUGUCGUAGAUUUUACAGGACAUGCCCUGGCCCUCUACAGGACAGAUGAUUACCUUGAGCAGCCGUGUCUGGAGACCAUCAAUCGGAUCAAACUCUACAGUGAAUCUCUGGCUCGCUACGGGAAGAGCCCUUACCUCUACCCACUGUACGGAUUGGGAGAGCUGCCCCAGGGAUUUGCUAGGUUAAGUGCAAUUUAUGGUGGAACCUACAUGUUGAACAAACCAGUGGAUGAGAUUGUUAUUGAGGAUGGCCACGUGGUGGGGGUGAAAUCUGAAGGAGAGAUUGCACGCUGCAAACAGCUUAUCUGUGACCCCAGCUACAUCCCGGAACGUGUGCACAAAGUAGGCCAGGUGAUCCGGGUCAUCUGCAUCCUCAACCAUCCCAUAAAAAACACUAAUGAUGCUAACUCCUGCCAGAUCAUCAUCCCUCAGAACCAGGUGAACCGCAAAUCAGAUAUCUACGUGUGCAUGAUCUCCUACGCUCAUAACGUGGCGGCUCAGGGGAAAUACAUUGCCAUUGCAAGUACUACUGUGGAAACCUCGGAUCCUGAAGCCGAAAUCGAACCUGCUCUGGAACUUCUUGAGCCUAUUGACCAAAAGUUUGUGGCCAUAAGUGAUUUGUAUGAACCUAUCGAUGAUGGUACAGAGAGUCAGAUAUUCGCAUCACGGUCUUACGAUGCCACCACCCACUUCGAGACAACCUGUAACAACAUCAAAGACAUCUACAAGCGCAUGACAGGAAGUGACUUCGACUUUGAGAACAUGAAACGUAAACAAAACGACGUCUUCGGGGAAGACGAACAGUAAAGAAUGAUCCCAAGGAGCUGAAGGGGAGAUAGGUCUCGCUGAAUUUGAUUUACAUGGGCUGGGUUUGGAGAAAAUGAUAGAAAUUAUAACAAUGUUGUAAAUCUCUUUCAACUCUCCUCGUCUUUCCAAAAAUGCUCUUUGUCUCCGCCCCGCCCCUGUGUUUCUGUUCAGAUUCACACCGUUCAGCACACAGACACAAUGCUCUAUAGCGCACAUUCCAUAACUCACCUAUCUGCACUACAAAGUGGGCUCAUAUCGCCAUGCUAUUUUAGAUUCGUACGAACGCAGUAUGCAUUGUUUAGCGCAAACAUCCUGUUGAAGUGAAACACGUGUCUUUUUGUUCGGAAUUCUGUCCUUGACUGCAGCCCACACAUGUGAAAAACUGUGAAUAUUGACGGAAAGAAAAAAUGAUUUCGCUUCUGCUUUAGUAAAACAUACUUGAGCUUAUUAAGAUGUUUGGUAGGGAUAAAGCUCAGACUGUUCAGCAUUCCCUGUCACAUACAGCAGCUUUUCUUUACUUAGGAAAGUGACACAAAUAUGAAGUCAUUAAACACUAAUAAUUCAAGCAACAAUUUGACACUCGGCAAAAGAUGUUUUAUGAUAUUAAUAAUAUUUAAACAGACAAAUUGAAGAUUCAUCAAUGUUCUGUAUGGAAUUGACAGUCCCGUAUGUGUGCAUCAUUUCAGUAGAUCUAACUACCACUCACUGCUCUUUAUAGUUAUUUAUUUCUCUAUUUUAUUGGUGGAUAUUUUUUGGAUUUCAAUUCAAUUGAAUGAGGUGUAUAAUAUGCAGUAUAAAAGUGAAUUGUAAGCCAUUAACUUGUAACUAACAUUAUGGUCUUUGUGAUAACUUGAAAACCACACACUUCCUUAUGAGCUUGUGCUACAUUCUUCUUUCUUCUGUAAACAAGUUCCUAGUUUGUUUUGAAUGAUGAAAAUGAUCGCAAAAGUUGCUUGAAAAGAGCGUGGAAGUGAUUUUCAUUCCCAUGGAGGCAAACGUUUCUGAAAAUGUGAAUUAUCUUAGUAAGUAUCUGGUCCUUUGGUAUUCUGGCUUUUGUAUGCUUUGCUGUUCUUAUGAGAACACUUAACACAUAACUUUAUUAUUUGUUAUUAACACAACACCUGUGAACUUUAAAUAACUUUUUGUGCCAUGCAACAAAAACCCACAUCCUUUUCAGUGCAUUUACACUUGGCUGUUAAAAACCACGACACAAACUUUUAAAGUAUUGACCUCAGAUUAGUCAUUUUCACCAUCACUGAUAACUACUGUAUAUGAUGUCUUAAUCAUGCUUACUUCUGUUUUCUAUUUCCAUGAAUAGUUAGAGGACAGUGGUGUAAUGGACCUGAUCAUGUUGCUGUACUGCUUUUAAUGUAAAAUAUACACGCAUCGCAUUGUUUUCCAUAUUCAGAAAAAGCCUGUGACAGUAGUUUUUCCUCUUUUUAUUUUUUGAACGGAAAACAAAUAGGAGACCAUAACAUUCCAUUCUUGAUUAACAUUGGGCCAA